GCAAAGCAGAACUGAGACUGUGCACGUAAUCUGGAUUUACAAAACGAAAACCAUGGGUAUUUAUGCCAGUAAAUUCAAUGAAAGUGGUGGGAACAUUCUCAUGGAGUCAACAGACCCUUCACAAUACAACUGGAUUACUGCGCAUGCACAGACAUGUAAACUGUCAGUUCCAGAGGUUCAGAGGUGUUGGAGCAGAUUUCUUUUGCUUGAUCCAGAUGUCAAUGGAAACAUUGAGCGUAGCCGCUUGUUUUCCAAAGAUGCAUUCAACAGAAAGAUACUCGAGCAAAUUCCUAUUUUGAAUGAUGAGGUUAUCACAUUUCAGACUUAUUGCAGUGCUGUAUCAUGGCUAUCAAGAGCUUCGCAAGAGAACAAACUAAGAGGACUUUACCAGACUUUAACAUCAAGCACACUAACUACAGAAACCAUGCAAAGCUUGCUCCGUCAUGUGUACCCUAAAGAAACCCCAGAAAAGAUUGCUGGUCUCUCCAGACUUGUGAUUUCGGAAAUGGAUGACGCAGACAGAGGGUUCAUUGAUGAAGAUCAGUUUGUGUCAUGGAUUCAAGCAAUGCCUCAGACGUCGAUAGCGUCAAUACUUAGCUUCCCAGUAAUACCACCUGACUUGGAAUCCUCCCACACCCAGAGUUCUCCAUCCGUGCCGACUGCUUUGGUGUUGGCUGAAAGAGGGAGAGUACGCGACGACCAACUCCACAAUGUUGCUACAUUGAUGGUAAAAAGAAAGAGAGAUUGGAAAAUGUUAGCCAACCGCAUAGGCUUUCUAGAAAAGGACAGCAGAUUCUUUGAACAAGCUCAUCCUGAAGUUAAAGAUCAGAUCCUGGAUCUCCUGCUAAUGUGGAGGAAUGCUGCGGGUGAGCAGGGACAGUCUCAGACUCUGCAGGAUGCACUGAAACACACUGGGAAUGCCGAUAUCGCCAAUGAGAUCUUCUCCCUCGAGUUUUAGUACAUCGUUCUCUUAUCCACAUACACAACUAUGGAUCCAUAAGCAGUAUAGAUAAUUACUUUAAGUGUUCAAAAAGAGAUUUAAUUUCAUCAAGUGCAUAAUAAUUUUAAAUGUUACAGAAAUCUAGAUUAUUCCACCUACAAAGAAUAUGUAUUUAUUUAAAUGUUUUAGAUACUCAUCGUACAUAGGCAUAGGUAACAUUAUGAUCUAUAAAAUAGUGAUUACAUUCGUGACAUCAUUGCGUUGCGCCAAGGAACUAGUGAAUAAAUAUGGAUAUAGGCACUCUGUUUAAAAUGAAAAUGUAUUAUGAAGAUACUCUACUUCCACAAAAUUCAAAACCUACUACCAUACACUUCAUGAGCAAAAACAGCUUGAGAACUGAGCGGGGACCGACCGAAGGGCAGGCUAUUUCAGCUGC